GUGCACUAAAGCGCGUAAAAUAUGGUUUGUAAUUUAUCGAGAAGUGUUAUAAAUGAUUAUUAUUUUGAUACUUUAAGUGUUUAAAUUCGUAACACUGUUACUUCAAAAAAUAUAUAUAUAUUAUGGAAGAAUCUGAAUUACAGGCAGUCAACGAAGAGAAGCUAAAAAUAUCUCUUCACUAUGCUGUCUGCAAAAUCUGUGCUGAAGUUGCUAAAGAAUAUGAAGCAGAAUUUGACAAAGAAUGUAUGGCCAUCUUAUCAGAAUUAGCAUUUCGUCAAGCUGGUCUUUAUGCUAAGGAUCUGGAGUUAUUUGCCAAGCAUGCUAAAAGGUCUACAAUCAACAUUGAUGAUGUCAAACUGCUAGUCAGGAGAAACGAAAGUUUAUUAGAACAUGUCAACAAAAUGGCUGCAGAUCUAAUGGCUAAUGCUGCACAACGAAAGAGCAAGAAAAAGAAAACAGAAACUGAAUCUGUUAGUUAAAUUUCCAUUUCUGCUUUGUAAUUAAAAUUUCCUAUAAUAUCUAAUUAUCUGUAGACAUACAAAAUUAUGGUGUAUAAGUAGUUGUGCUGAUAAUGUAUUCGUUAUAAAUAUUAUUUUUGUUUUCUCUAUCUUUUUUAAUGUAAAUAAAUAAUUUUA